CACCUCCACUCCCUGUCAGCUGUUCGUCGUCUCCCUCAGAGUCUGACUCCACCAGAGGCAUGACAGGAAAUUAGUGAAAGAGAAGACAAUGAAAAUCUACAUUUUUUCCAUGACACUUGCUCUGGUUUCGGGUCUGAGGAAUGCUACUACUGGGCUGGAGGAAAUAAAAGCAGGCAUUAAGACAACAGCCAACCCUCAGUAUGAAGUCUAUCAACACCAAGGCACCAAAAAGAAUGACAUGGAACAAUCCGAUGUUUCCCAUGACUGCAGACGUAACCCUUGUAGAAAUGGUGGCACUUGUUUCAGGGAAUGUGACCAAUGUCCUCAACGCUGCAUCUGCCCUGCAGAAUUCAUGGGGAAACAGUGUGAAGUUGCAAAAUGUUUUGAUGAGACUCUGUAUGAAUACUUUGAGGUUGGAGACAGUUGGGCCGGAAUCUACCAAGGCUCAAUACAAGCAUGCACCUGUGUUAACGGCAAAAUAGACUGCCAUCCAGAAAUGUAUACAGGCUGUCCCUCCGACCCCUGCCUGCUCCGGGGCAGCCGCUCUUGCAGGAGGACGCUCUUCUCGGACACCACCAUCUGCACGUGCAGCCACCUCUUCAGAGGGAGACACUGCAACCUGGCUCCAAGUCAAAGCUGUUAUUUGGGUAAUGCGACCAAUUACCUGGGCCUGGCCAAGAAGACCAUCUCUGGAGAUGAUUGCCUUCCAUGGACCUCCGACCUCCUCUCCUACGACGACCCUCAAACCAACACGGUGCAGCUGGGAUUGGGCUCCCAUUCCUACUGCCGAAGUCCAGAUGAGGACGAGCAGCCAUGGUGCUAUUUCAUUAAGGACGGCGGGCUGUCUUGGGGAUACUGCAAUGUGUCAUCAUGCCGAAGCGGGCGCAGGCAGAUGCCGCCACCGCCAAACUUUCUUCCAGAAGCUGUGGAUGAGUUUGCCAUGGUCAAGAAGUCGUGUGGGAGGAGGCACAAGAAGCAGAAGUUUGUAAGACCCAGAAUUGUGGGGGGAUCUUCUGCCUUGCCAGGAUCCCACCCCUGGCUGGCCAGCAUAAACGUCGGCAGGAAUUUCUGUGGCGGAAGCCUUAUUCGCUCUUGCUGGCUGGUCACGUCGGCCCAUUGUUUCGCUAACAGCCCGCUGACGUCAACCGUCCAUGUUGUUUUGGGACAACAUUUUUUCAACAAAACAAUAGACGUCACUCAGGAAUUUAAGAUAGAGAAGUACAUCAUGCAUCCUGACUACUCCGUGUUCAACCCAACUGAAAACGAUAUUGUUUUAAUUAAGCUCAAGAAAGUCAACCAACGCUGUGCAGUGAGAUCUCGAUUUAUUCAACCCAUAUGCCUGCCAGAAGCUUCCAUGUCUUUCCCAGACCACUACAAAUGCUACGUUGUCGGAUGGGGAUACUUGCAUCAAAGUAAGAGUUGGGGUGCCUGAUCACCCCCUUAUUGCCAGGAGUUUCCGCUGACUCCAGGGCGAGCUUCAUGGUGUCUGCCCAUCACACUCGGUCUUUCUAUAGUUGAUGUUUUCAAUCGAGCGCUGGUGGCACAGUGGUUGGAAUGCGGUAUUGCAGGAAAACUCUUCCCCCAGCCCGGAAGUUCAAUCCUGAAUCCGGAAGUGGGCAGAUGCUGGAGCAGCUUCCAUGGCCCACUGGAACCCUUCUUCUAAAUCCAAGGGGUCUUUCCCUGCCUUGGAGCUGUUGAUGCACCUUUUGCCCUAGAUGGGUUGAAUAAACCCAGGAUUCUCAAAUGCUGUGUGUGGGGUUUCCAGAAGACCUUUGUGGACCUCUGGCAUUAGGAGCAGAAUCUGCCCUCUUCCUCUUGAUGACCCCUGUGGGUGCCAAGGAGCCUGGGCUUCUUCCUGGUUGUGCAAGGAACAGUCAAAGAGACCAAGGGAUAGGUACAGUGGAAGUGUGAAAGAUGUGUGUGCCGGUCACA